UUCCCUCCCAACCAGUAAGCGGCAGCAACGCAUUCAAAAGGUUUGGUUUGGGAACGGCGAGAGAGUGAGGCUUGAGUGAGAGAAAGAAGUGGGGACUCGGGAGACCGGAAGCGGCGAUGGAUCUGAAGCAAGCGGGAUCCUCCCUCGACGCCGUCGUCUCCUCCUUCCACACCCGCAUCGUCGAACUGCAGGAGCUCGUCAUUGCCCGCAACAUGUAUCCCUCCACCAGCAUGCCCGAUCUGUCGGCGGUCGACGCGACCCUGAAGACGAUGGAGUCGCAGAUCCAGGCGAUCAAGGACCGACUACAAGAGGAGAGAAACGCUAUCCCUAAGGCCAAGAAACUCAUCGAUCUGUCCCAGCGGCAGCAAAGAAAGCUGCAGCACAUGCUCGCCCAUAUGCCGCCUUCGAUGCUUAAGAACCAAAGCCGAUCGGUUCAAAACCCCUCUUCGAGCUUGGUGCCUGAUGAUUCGGGUCCCGAUAUAUUGCACGAGCCUUGUCAUCUCAAGGAGGAGCCUGUUGCUAUGCUCAAGGGGAAGAAGGGUCCAUCUCCUGCACCGCGGUGGUAUAUUUCUGCCGAGGAACUGGAUUCACUGUCUUCUUAUAUGAGGGGAAGGCUUACUUUGGACAAGGUCAAUAUUGCUAUCAAUGAGAUAGCUAUGUAUGCAGAAGCAAAUUCUCAUCUCGUCUCAUGCCCAAAGAAGAAGCUAGCUGAAGACACCUGGGAAAAAGCUCUUGAACUAAGAGACAUAGCAACAACUGAAGCAGUGAAAGGCAAGCACUUUUUCCUGGAAACAGACAUAAAAGGACCAGGACUGAAACUUGACAAUACGGGAAAAGCAAUUUUGACAGUCCUUCGCCAUCUCGGCCGUAUUCUUGAAGCUCGCAUCGGUCAUCACCGUGUGUUUAUCCUCUCAAAACCUCAUUGAUGCCUUUAUCAUUCAUGGAUAAACUUCCACAACUGCCUUCUUUAUGUCCUUCACAAAGUUGCUGGCAUUCAGAAUUCACGUGGGUCGUCAGUGCAUGUCAAUUCCUCACUAUACCUGAGUGAUGGUUUCCUAUCUCAACUUGCAUUCAGAAAAAUUGAGUGAUCAAGCCAUUGAUCUCAUUGUUUUUCUAGUAGCUGAUUUCCCAGCAUGUUUAAGAUUGGCUAUGAUUUGCCUAAACAUGUGAAUGGAGUAUCUAAUCUAUUUUCUAGAAUGAAUGGUCUUGAGAAUAUGGCUCCUAAAAUCCUAAUACAGCAAGGUAACUUUUUUUUUUUUUUUCUCAAUGACAGUUAUUCUGGUCUUACCAACCAUCAUGUUUACUCCAGACAUUAUCUCAAGCAAAUCUUGUUUUUUAUAUUUCAUUUAUUCUUAUGCUAUGUAAGUAAAGAUUUUCAGUUUCUGUAUUGACCUUUAGAGUUGGUGCAGGAUCUAAAGCAUCAUGUCCGAUUUCUGUUGGUUAUAGAGGUUGUCAUUAAAAUUUCAAUCAGUUAAACAAUGCAUCUCAGAAGUCAUCCUUGCUCUAAAUUUUGAGUUGUUGCUGGUAUUCAGUAUAAUAUUAUGAAGAUUCUUGCAUCUGCCCUAAUUACCUAUUAUUCUCAAUGUGUAUCUGCCGGACAUUUAUUCUAUGAUUCGCAUGCCGGACAUUUAUUGACAUUCCGUCAUAGCCGUCUCUUGUUAGUAUGGGCUGUCAGCCCAUGGUCCUUUGAGUUGGUGUGUCAGUGGACUCGGAAACAUGGUCACAGACACGCUGUAGCCGUUCUCGGAUCCGGAUCCACAAUAUUUUAUUGGAUUCACGUUCGCAGGUGGAGACGACCCGAUAUGGCCCUUGCUACCGCAGUCCCCGAGGAUCCAGUUGAUUUUGGAUUCGACUAUAAGGUCGAAGCGAUGACCUCCGGUCGCAUGCCUCUUCGAGCGGAACAACGUCCCACGGCAGACGAAGCAGACGCACGAUGCGGUUUGGCCCGUUGCGCCGCCCCCGCCAUCCUCUCGGGCUCUGGUAUGGGCCUCUCCGUCGGCAAGCACAUCGUCUCCGGCAAGCCCGUAAGCUCUUCUCCCACUCAAGUUUCUGAUCCAUGUCGUUUUUGGUCCAUCUUGUAAGCUGCCCGUUUACAACGAUCGGGUUCGGCCGAGAACUGGACCUAUCGCCUCGCCCCUACCAUUAUCGGGAAGCACGAGGCGUUAGCGUGGCUAUGCGAAGGGCUGGGCUUCUUCGCGUCGCUCGGUUUGCACGCCGUCUUGAACGACAAAGCCUCCAAGAUACCUUUCGCAUCAGAAAUCUAACCGUAUGGCAAUCUGUAUCGAGCUUGGUGGGAACCACAAGAUGUUCCUCAAAUCCCUGCAAGAGCUUCGAGUUAACUAGACAUUCAAGUUGGCCCGUGGAUUGCGGAGUUGAAACUUGUGUUCAGAAGCAAAAGCCGGUACAAGGGGAGCACAUAGCAGAUCAAGACAGAAGAGUAGGAUCCAGUGUCUGUCAAAUGGCUGUUGUUGGACUGCUCUGGUUGCUAUCUAUGCAAGGCCAGGUGGGCCUUUAACGAAGCUGAGGUUGGUGUCAGGUUACUUCAUGUCGGCACAAUCGAUCCUUUCCUUCACUAAAAUUAUUGUCAUGGUGGAGAGGUGAUGGUUGAUUCAUGUCGAGACGAACAAGAAUGGGAAAUCAAUUUACAUACCAGCAAAUUUCUCUGAACUAAUUAACAUUUUAUGGUAUGGCUCAAGUAUUCUUGAAUGGUUCUCAUUCAGUAUCUAAUCCACGCUGAGAGCCAAAUGCUGGGAAACUCCAACAAAGUUCAUAACAGUGAUUUGGGUAAAACCCAAGAAAGUUCGAUAUGUGGUUGUUGUGAUUGGCUUGCUUAAUCGUGUUCAUUGUUUAAAUUGUGAUACAGUCUUGUGUUCAGUUUUCACCUUUAAGGACUGAAGCUAUGCCACAGUCUCUCUCUCUCUCUCUCUCUCCCCGUACGUGAGCGAGAGAGAGAGAGAGAGAGAGAGAGGGGUUUGAAUCGGUGAAUAAUGGUGGAAAGAUCACAGUGCAGAACCAUGACGAGCGCAUGCGGCACAAAGCGCUACAGGACGAAGCACCGAACCCUAUCUCCAAUCUCCAGCUUGCAUGUCUGGCCCACCUGCUCACAUGCAUUGCCACUGUACCACAAAUUGCAGUACUUCUCUAUAAAACCCUAACUUCUCAUUGCGCCACUCCCAAGCCAAAGUACACUCCUACGUAUUCCUUCCGUUCCUCGUCCAAGUUACUCGACAGGAGAUGGCUUCUUCCUCCACCGCUCUACUCCUCUGCCUCAGCCUCCUCUUCUUCACCUUGGUCUCCUCCAGCUACUGCCCG